GGUGGGGUGAAAAUGAAACCCCGAAGGGACCAUGGGAAUUAGGCCAUGGUAAUAGUAAGAAAAUAAAUAGACCAAGGUUCACAUAAACCUUAUACUUCCAUCACAUUUCUUUUAACUUCUCCUCGGAUUUAUUAUUGCCAAACUCUUUUGAUUGACGCAAUCUAGGACGUUCAUACUUUGUACAUUUGUGGUGUUUUUCGGCAGAAGAUUCCCCUCAGUCAGUUUGAGAUACAAAUUAGUACACCAUGGAGCAUCAAUUUGAGCCAUUACAGAACGAUCUCAUCCUGAGAACAGCAUGGGGUCAAAAGGUUGAACGUCCGCCAAUGUGGGUGAUGCGUCAAGCUGGACGUUACCUACCCGAAUACCAUGAAGCAAAAGGAAAGAAUGACUUCUUCGAAUGCUGCCGCUCUCCAGAGAUUGCUUCGACAUUAACUCUCCAACCCAUUGAACGUUUUGCCGGACUCGUCGACGCAGCCAUUAUAUUUUCCGAUAUUCUAGUGAUUCCUCAAGCUAUGGGAAUGACUGUAGAGAUGGUUGACAAGAAAGGACCGCAUUUUCCGGAGCCCCUGGAGUCACCUGAGGACGGCCAAUAUGAGCGAGUUUUGAACAAGAAGGUGGAUGUCGCGGCAGAAUUGGACUAUGUUUACAAGGCAAUCACUUUGACCAGACACAAGUUAAAGGGAAGAGUACCAUUGUUUGGAUUCUGUGGUGCUCCAUGGACCCUGUUAUGUUACAUGGUGGAAGGUGGAGGAAGUAAGUUGUUUGUGAAGACCAAGACCUGGGUUUACAGGUAUCCCGAAGCAAGCAAGGCUCUUCUUCAGAAGAUCGCAGAAGUGUGUGUAGAGUAUUUAGCUUUGCAAGUAAAAGCUGGUGCACAGUUGGUUCAAGUUUUCGACUCGUGGGCUGCGGAAUUAUCCCCAUCUUCUUUUAAGGAGUUCUCACGACCAUAUCUUGCCUAUAUAUCGGAGAAUCUACCAAAACGCUUAAAGGAGCUCGGCCUCGAGCAAGUCCCAAUGGUUGUAUUUGCAAAGGGAGCUUGGUAUGCCUUAGAUUCCUUAUGUGAUUUAGGAUAUCAGGUAGUAGGUUUGGACUGGUUACAAGACCCCGCGGAGGCUGUUCGGAUACGAGGAAACCGCCCAGUUGUCUUCCAAGGAAAUGCAGACCCAGGAGUUCUAUAUGGAACUCGUUCCGAAAUCACUCGAGUAGUCGAGGAAAUGGUAAAUGGUUUUGGUGGAGGAAAACAAGGAUGGAUUGCAAAUCUCGGUCAUGGUAUCACGCCAUUCGUCAACCCCGAGGAUUUGAAAUUCUAUUUCCAAGAGAUUCACCGAUUAACCAAGUGAUACCCAAAUCGUUAAGCGUAUUGAUCAUUCCUUGGUGUGGACCCUCUUCUCGACCCCGAUAUCUUCGUUCCUAUGAGAAGUAUUAAGUCAAAGACAGUCUUUUAGGAUUAGAUUGUAUAACAUACCACAAUUCUGGCUUCUCA